GCGCCCUGUGCUCGCUCCGCCCGGGUCUUACCCCGCCAUGGUUCGCCUGCCUCUGCAGUGUGUCCUUUGGGGCUGCUUGCUGACCGCCGUCUAUCCAGAGCCACCCACUGCAUGCAAAGAAAAACAGUACCUAAUAAAUGGCCAGUGCUGUAGUUUGUGCCAGCCAGGACAGAAACUGGUGAGUGACUGCACAGAGCUCACUGACACAGAAUGCCUUCGCUGCAGUAAAGGCGAAUUCCUCGACACCUGGAACACAGAGAGACACUGUCACCAGCACAAGUACUGCGACCCCAACCUAGGGCUCCGGGUCCAGAGGGAGGGCACCUCAGAAACAGACACCACGUGCACCUGUGAAGAAGGCCGACACUGUACCAGUGAUGCCUGCGAGAGCUGUGCCCUGCACAGCCUGUGCUCUCCCGGCUUUGGGGCCAAGCAAAUCGCUACAGGGGUUUCUGAUACCAUCUGCGAACCCUGCCCGGUUGGCUUCUUCUCCAAUGUGUCAUCUGCUUUCGAAAAGUGCCGCCCUUGGACAAGCUGUGAGACCAAAGGCCUGAUUGAACUACAGGCAGGAACUAACAAGACUGAUGCUAUCUGUGAUUCCCAGCAUCGGAUGAGAGCCCUGGUGAUGAUCCCCAUCGUGACAGGGAUCCUGUUUGCUGUCCUCUUGGUAUCUGUCUAUAUCAGAAAGGUGGUCAAGAAGUCAGAGGAUAAGGUCAGAGGUUCUCCAUCUCGAGAGGGUGUGCAUCAGAGCCACCUGGAAGGAUUGUUAAAUGACAGAUCGCUGGGCCCCACCUCCAGGGGUUCUGGUUCAGUAGGUCUGGGAUGGGGAUCAAGAAGUUGCAUUUCUAACGAGUUUCCCAGGUGAUGCUGAUGCUGCUGGUCCGGAGACCACACUUUGAGAACCGCUGCCCUUGGCGUUCAUAUUUCUAUAUGAGCAACCGGUUUCCUAUUGCAAGCGCUUGGGAUUGCUUGCCUCAGGGUUUUCUCUGGUCUUGAAAACAUACUUGGUGUAGAUGUAGGCCAGGAAUGCUGCAGCUGGGGGAGUUAAUGCCCCAAAGUACUCUCAACCAACUUGGGUUGAAAGUUGGAGGAUAAAUACGCCAGCUUCCUUGCCCUUGGGAGGAACAGAUCUGAGGUGUGUGCUACACUGUCUGCUAGGCUCUCUAGAGGGACGGAGACCCAGAUGCCCCCAGCGGCACUCUGCAAUGGUGCCCACUCCCUUCCCUACCUCCCUUCCCCACUCCACCACUGGAGCUUCCUCUGUUCAACCCCCAAAUAUACUACCUGCAUUCAUUCCUUGUCUCAGGGUCUGCUUCUGGGAGAACCUCCUGCUGAGAAUCAGCAGAGCUCAUGUGCAAGAAGGUGCAAUUUUGUCUAUGUUAGUGUCUUU